AUGCGCAUCCUUGAUGAGUCAGAGAAGACAAGUGCACCGAAAGAACACAUGUUCUAUAUGUCUCACCAUCCGGUUAUUGCUGCCAAGAUUCUAUUGGAAGAUUUCUAUGUGGACGAUGUCCUGACCGGAGCAAACACGGAAGACCCACUUAUACGUAACAAGGAUGAACUUAUUCAACUAUUAAGUGGCGCACAGCUGGAGCUUGGGAAAUGGGUAUUCAAUACCCACGGAAUCGGUCCUUUAGAAAAGGCAGCAGCGACAAGUGUGACUAGAGAUGCCUCCUCCGUCAAGGUAUUAGGAAUACAUUGGGAACCAAAGUCUGACAUCUUCACAUAUGGUAUAAGGCUGAGCGAAUGCACAGAAAGUUCAAAAAGACAAGUAUUAUCAGACGUAUCAUGCAUAUUUGACCAGCUUGGUCUACUGGCGCCGGUCAUUGUUCAAUUCAAGAUCCUUUUCCAAGAGCUCUGGCUUCUUAAUCUAGAUUGGGAUUCACCGCUUCCAACUAUGCUGGCAGACCGAUGGCGUAAGUAUCGCGAAGACAUUAACAACAUAAGGCAGUUAAAGAUACGGCGUCAUAUUGGGUAUGUCGGCAAACGAAUAGAGUUACACGCCUUCUCAGACGCCUCAAUAAAAGCAUACGCAGCAGUCGUAUACUCUCGGAUCGUGAACCAGGAUAGCAGCAUAGAGGUUUCACUGAUUGCGGCGAAAACACGGGUCGCUCCACUUAAGCAGCAAUCGCUCCCUCGUUUGGAAUUAUGUGUCGCACUUCUGCUAAGUCGGCUGAUCGCAUCAAUUAAAUUAGCUUGGAAGGAUCUAGAAAGCACCGUAUAUGCUUGGUGUGAUUCGACAAUUGUGUUGGCAUGGCUGAAUCACUUGCCAGCUAGUUUGAAGACGUUCAUUGGCAAUCGUACUGCCGAAAUAUUGGAAGUAAUACCAAGGGACUCGUGGCGCUAUGUUAAUACCAAGCAGAUCCCCGCAGACUGCGCUUCUAGAGGAAUGCUGGCUGAGGACUUACUCCAGUUUACUCUCUGGUGGAAGGGUCCCGACUGGCUGGCUGAGACACAUCUUAACUUAGGUAACGAAGAUGAUAUACAAUUCUCUAACUUAAUUUCAGAUGACGAGUACCGAAAAGAGCUGACGGCUACAGUAUUAGUUACUCUCGCGGAAACCAUGAACAAGUCAUCUUCCGUCGAAGAACUUAUUGGUCGUGUUUCUUCCUGGCCUAGACUUGUGCGCAUUGUGGCAUAG